GCUCUCGUCCAUCAUGGGCUAUAUUGAAAUGUGCAUGCCAGCCAUGUCAUCCGCCUGGAGGUUAGAUUCAUUGUUUGGAACCCCUUGCAUUCAGCAUCUCUUGCUCCCUAACCUCUAUAUACUCUAUAGAUCCUACCCACGUUCUUUUACGCCCACCGCAUACUUUCCUUUAGCUAUUGCUCUAUCUUUAUAGUCAUGACUUCCAAUUCUGACUCCCACUCUAUCCUUACGCGAUCUAAUGCUAUCGUCGCAGAAUCCUCCAACCUCUCCAUCGCCGGACAGAUCAUCGUCUUCACGCUCUUGGCCAUGUUGCUUGUAGUCCUUGCUGGAGGGUUCUACCAUUUAUGCACCCGUGUAAAUGAUACGGACGACAUUGAGAAUACGUUCCCUAUGGCUUGCUCUACAGAGGAUAUCAAGGAGGCCGAACCCAUCAAGGGAGGAAGGACACCAGUCGAGUUGGAGAAGAAUGAUCAGGAAGAGGAAGAGAAGGAAGGGACCAAAGGCACAUCAGGUGCUUGUCUACCCUAUACUACAUCUUUGCUGCCAAUCCAACCAGUCCCUGACGAUUCUUCAUCCACCCUACACUCUUUCCACUCUGCCCAUUCGUCUGCUUCCUUAUUAUCGUCCAACGCCUGGCUCUUCGAUGCCGAUCUGCUCCCGACGAUCACACUACAGCCCUCCGAGGACGUCGACCGCAAUUCCAACCUAUUCAACUUCCCUCCCUCCCUUUCAACUCUCCUCUUAUCCGCUCGGACACUUAAUAACGCCAGAGUUCUACCGGCUGAUGUCUAUCUCAAGAUCCCCACUAUGAGCUGGACAGGACGGAUAAUGGAGAUCGGCGAACCCGUGUUACCUUCCUCUUGUUCUCUAGAGUACUCGGAUACAAGUCUAGAUUCGGAUAUCUCCUCUACUUCCUCUGCGACCUCUUCUGCGUAUAUGGACUCCGACGACUCCAAUGACUCAGUUUCUUUCAUUUGCGAUCUUAUUCGACCUGCCACUCCUACUCCUCCUACUGGUGCUGUUCCACAUAAUCCGUUCAGUAUGACUCUGGAAACCCCUCUUGCGACUUCUUUCUCUUUGGAUCUAGAUUCUGUCUUGCUUGUUGCUUCAAAGUUCAUCGGACAAAGGGACGAGCCUUCGAGUGGCGUGAAGGACACCUGGGAAGACGAAGGGGAGAGUGAAGGAGAUGUGUACACGGGAAUAGUGAAUGAUAAGAUGCAGCGUCAUGCUUCUGUUCUCGUAUUGCCUGUCGUGGACACUCCAUAAUCGUCUGGCCCAUUGUCCCCUAUGCAUUUAUUUCUUCCGUAUGUUACCGCUCAGUUGCAAUGAUUUCAUUGAUUUU